CGAUAUCACGAGUGAAUCUCCUAUGGCGCGUUUGUUCUCCAAAAAUACCUUGACCAAACUAGUUUUCAUGGCGCCCACUCGGCUGCGAGACUCCUCCACAGCCGCUGCCGUGAUGGUGCUGAGCAUGAUGCUGGCCGUGACAUGGGUGGCGGUGGCGGCGCACCUCCUCCACAAGUACCACUUCCCUCCGCCACUGCUCAGACACCAAAGCUAUAGCCAGGCCGUGCAGGAGAUUCUCAACCGCCUGAGGAGCGAACACCUGCAGAACAAGAAUCACACUCGCUUCCCCUUCAGGUACAUGAUCAACGAGAGGGCGCUGUGCCGUGACAGCGUGGCCAUCGUCAACAUGGUUCCAGUCCAUCCGCACCAGGCUGAGGUUCGUCAUUUCAUAAGGAGCACCUGGGCCAAACCCUCCUUAUUCCAUAUGUCGCGCAUGAAGACGGUUUUCCUGAUGGGGAGCACGCCCAUGGCCAACUUGACGCGCGAGGUGGCCCGCGAGAGCGACACCUUCCAUGACAUCAUUCAGCUGGACUUCGAGCACCCGGACGACGACCUCUCCCAUACGACCCUCUGCAUGCUCCACUGGACGCUCUCCUACUGCCCUCGGGCCAAGUGGAUCCUAAGAACGAGGGCCAACGUGGUCGUCAACACGCUAGCGAUGAGUGACUUCCUCCUGGGCAGCGAUGAGGACUUCGCGUGCCUGAUGGCCGAGGAAGGCGCCUCCUGUCGGCACUGCGGCGAUGGCCAGCAGUCGCCACCGCCUCACUGCUCUCCCCACGCCUACGCUAUCAGCACCGACAUCGCCCGGGAUCUGUAUCUCUUUGCAAAUAAGACGCACCAACACCGGGACGAAAACGUGUUCUUCACAGGCACGCUGCCGCAGCCGCUGCAGCCCACGUACCACCGCCUGAGGAGCAAGCAACUCAAAUUCGGCAAGACGGCCAUCUACAAGGAAGGCUGGAGCGACCUCCCGCUGAUGACUGUGGGGAAGGUUCGCGGCCGACCUGCGUAGGGCGUCGUCUGGAGAACUUCCUUUGAAGAUAUUCCGAAGAGAUGUGGAUGUUAGGGUUUUUUUAAUUAACGGUUGUUGGAUUGAAGCCCAGGUGUUCAAUUAAUAAAAUUAGAUGAUUUA